CAGGAGUCUACUCCCUCGUCGCCUCUUUCUCUUUUGUGCAUCCUCAAAAUGCCUGUUUCCCUACAGGAACUCACGCAAUGUCUUUCUCAAACCCUCUCAAAUGAUACCGCUACGCGAAUCAAGGCAGAGUUGCACCUCGGCGAUCUGCUCGCCGCCCCAGAGACUGGAUUGGCCCUUGCGCAGCUCGUUGCUCAGCAGAAUGCGAAUGUAGGGUUGCGUCAGUCGGCUGCAAUUAUUCUGAGACGGUUCGUGAAUGAGCGGUGGUCGCCUGCGUUGCCGAAGUGGAAAGGUACAUCGGCGCCUGUGGAGUUGAAAGCGCAAACCAGGCAAAUCGUCUUCCAAUGCCUCUCUGACCCACAGAGCAAAAUCCGAUCGCUGUGCGCACAAAUCCUCACGACGAUCGCGAGUGCCGACUGGCCAGAUGAGUGGCCCGAUCUUCUUGACGCAUUGAUCGCCUUGCUCUCGUCCAAUUCGCCCGCGUCUGUCCAUGGCAGCAUGCAGGUCCUCGCGGAGUUCAUCAAGUCAGAUCUGACGGAAGACCAGAUUCUGCCUAUUCUUCGACAGCUGCUGCCGAUUCUGCUCAAUAUCUUGGGAGCACCCCAGCAACAUUCUGUUCUUACGCGCGCCCGUGCGGUGUCUGUGUUCAAGACUUGUGUGGAAACACUGUUUAUGGUCAAGCAAGAACACCCGCAGGCUGUUAAGGAGGCUGCGGCCUCCAUCCUUCCUGCAUGGCUCGAAGCUUUCAAGUACCUAUUGAACAUCGAUCCCAGGCAGGAUGUGGAGGGAACGCCAAAUUGGGAUGGCAUCGCUCUGCGUAUCCAGAUCUACAAAGCCCUGGACACGAUCCACGUACCCUUCUCAAAACAGCUUCUUCCGUACAUCAACGAUCUACUCACUGUGUCUCUCAACCACCUCACCCUGCUCUAUCCGACAUUCGUCCAUUAUUACCUGAUGGGCGAAGAGCCGGUCCCGCUACCGUCUGAGAACGAGGCGACAGAGCUGACACAGCUCUUCUGCGCUAUCAUGGACCUGGUCUCUGUCAUGACUAGGAUGGGCAGGUCGAAGAAGUGGUUCGAUGGUGGCAAUGCGAGGGCGCUGGUGAUUGCCAUGUUCAACUGGAUACAGAUCACGAAGGAAGAUGAAGAAGAAUGGGCAAAUAAUGCCAACGCGUUUGUGGCAAAUGAAGCCGAGGAGGCGCUAUCCUUCAGUGUGCGAGUCUCUGGACUCGAUAUGCUUGCUGCCCUUAUAGAGGAGUUCCAGCCCGUUGCGAUGCGUACGAUUCAACAAGCUAUCCAGGAGAUCACCAGGACGUCGAACGAGGCGCGGGAUGCAGGCAAUCCUGACUGGUGGCGGCCUCUUGAGGCCAUGUUGGCCGCGGUCGGUUCUCAAGCAGAGGACGUUCUCGAAUGGAUUGAGGACCAAGAGUCUGCAGGGCAUCCGAGUCCGAUGGAUAUCGAGCCUCUCCUCACGAACGUCGUACCCAAUCUCCUCGGUCUCGCAGACUGUCCAUUCUUGCAGGGUCGCGCUUUUGUUUUUGCGAGUCAAUACACGAAGGUACUUCCUACGCAACUUGCGGGGCAGUAUCUCGAGGCUACGGUGCAUGUGCUGGAAGCCAGCGAUGCCGGCGUGCCUAUCAAGAUUUCUGCCCUCAGGGCAGUGCAAAAUUUCUGCAAGGAGAUUGAUGACGCGCUGCUAGAGCCUGUGGCCCCGCGGAUAGUGAAGGCGAUCGGCCCAUUCCUUUCGGUCACCACAGAAGAUACAUUGUCUCUGGUCCUUGAAGCGCUCGACGUGGUUGUCAAGAUCGGUGACGGGAAGUGGAUGACGACGGAUCUGGCUUCGUCUCUUGUUGAUGCUAUUCUUGAUAUUUGGAUGAAGAACAACAGAGAUCCUAUCUUCAUUUCACUCCUGACGGAGAUCCUGGCUUCAUUAGCUUUAUCUCCUGCGCCAGCCGUUUAUGCAACUGUUGUCAAGAAGGCCCUUCCCCCACUUUGCAAUGCCAUUAUGGCAUCGACUGCUCGCGAGCCAUGGAUAGCUGGUACAGCUAUUGAUCUUGUGAGCAGUCUCAUACAGGGAGCACCAGCGAGUGGACUUGGGGACGGCUUCAUCAAUAUUCUCGCGCCCAGUCUGUUCCUCGCACUCAGGACAGUCGAGGACAGGGAUGUGAUUCAGAAUGGCACUGCUUGCAUCACAUUGAUCAUUCGCAAAGAUUACCCUCAACUCAAGGCCUGGACUGACCCUACUUCAGGCCAGUCUGGCUUGGAGUGUGUCCUGGCGGUGCUCGCGCAGCAGCUGAAGAGCAAUGAUGAGUCAGGCGGCCUUGUUGUCGGCGACUUGAUCAUUCACCUCUUCCGGAGAGCAGGAGAGAGUGUUUUGCCUGUGCUGCCGGACCUUCUGAAAGCGAUGUUGGCUCGCAUGACACAGGCGAAGACGGCGUCUUUCAUCCAGAGCUUGGUGAUUCCGUUCGCGUUCUUGAUCUAUAACCAGCGAGAUACGAUGCUUGCCAUGCUGGAGUCGAUGGACAUCCAGGGCCGUUCCGGUUUGGAUAUUCUUCUCCAGACAUGGUGCGAAAACGAGGAGACGUUCCAGGGCUUUUGGGCACAACGUAUCAGCACAUUGGCGCUGUGUUCUCUGUAUAUCUCUGAACGACCAAGUCUGCAGAAGAUUACGGUGAAGGGCGAUCUCAUCAUCAAGCCUGAGACGAGGAAUGUGAUAAUGACUAGAUCGAGAACAAAACAAAUGCCCACGGAAUUUACGCGCAUUCCCUUCCCAGUCAAGGCGCUCAAGCUUUUGCUACGUGACCUGCAGACUGGCGGGGAAUCUGCCACACGGAGGAUUAAUCUCGAAGAUGUGGAGUCGGAUGAUGGGGAGUCUGAGUGGCUUGAAGAGUCGAUGACAACUGUCAAGGAGAAAUUCCCCGAUCUGAAGGAUGAAGAAUUGAUGUACCUAUCUGAUGUUCUAAGCGCACCUACGGGGCUUCCGUUCGACAACGAUGACACUCUGGAAGCUUCUGACGAUGACGACCUCAAGAAUGACCCAGUCUCACAGAUGGACAUGCGGGGACAUCUGCUGACCUUUUUCCGCGAGUGCGCUGCGCAUAAUACGAACAAUUUCUCUGCCGCUAUCGAUCAGCUCACACCGGAGGAGGUAAUGGUUGUGGGGCAAGUGGUCGGCCACUAAAAGUUCGCGUUCAAUUAGAGUACAGUUUUUUGGUCUUCAAGAUAUGAUAUAAUCGUUUACAUUUUUCGCAAAUUUGUCUAUUGUGUCCAGUUUGCGGAGGAAGAGUAUCCUCUUACAUGCUGCAGGGCGCUGAUUCUUGCCGGAGCUCGUUUCCUCCAUGCUCGGCGGCACAAAGAGACAGAGAUCUGGCUCCACCGGGGGUUCGCCUGCGUG